AUGAUGCGUGAUAUCGGAGAAGACUCGUUUAAGACGGCUCAUGUGCAUGAUACGUUGUGCAGCGACAAGGAUACACCUUUGUACCCGGGAUGCACAAAUUUUACACGUUUGUCAGCGGUGUUAAAGUUGUUUAACCUGAAGGCAAAGAAUGGGUGGACUGACAAAAGUUUUAGCGAAUUGCUUGAAUUGUUGACACAGAUGCUUCCUGAAGGUAACGUAAUACCAAACCGGUGUUACGAGGCGAAGAAAGUAUUAUGUCCGAUGGGAUUGGAGUAUGAAAGGAUACAUGCGUGCCCAAAUGAUUGCAUAUUAUACAGAAAAGAGUUUGCAAACUCUGAUCAUUGUCCGAAGUGCAUGGCGUCACGCUACAAAAAGAAAGAUGGUGAUUCUAGUGAUGAUGUGGUGACGAAAAAGGGUUCUCCCGUGAAAGUUGUAUGGUACCUACCAAUAAUUCCAAGGUUCAAGAGAUUGUUCGCUAAUGCAAAUGACGCAAAGAAUCUUAGAUGGCAUGUAGAAGAGAGAAAAUGUGAUGGACAAAUUCGCCAUGUAGCUGAUUCUUUGCAAUGGAAGAAAAUCGAUUCUUUGUUUCCAAAUUUUGGCAAGGAGUCGAGAAACCUUAGACUUGGACUUGCUACCGAUGGAAUGAAUCCGUUUGGCAAUCAAAGUACUAACCAUAGUUCAUGGCCUGUUCUGCUCAUGAUUUACAACCUAUCUCCUUGGUUGUGCAUGAAGCGUAAAUAUAUUAUGUUAUCGAUGAUGAUUUCGGGCCCAAGACAACCCGGAAAUGACAUAGAUGUUUAUCUAAGUCCCCUAAUUGAUGAUUUAAGAGUGUUGUGGGAGCAAGGAGUUGAUGUUUUUGAUGCGUAUUCUGGUGAACAAUUCAAUAUGCGUGCCAUGUUGUUUUGCACCAUCAACGACUUUCCGGCAUAUGGCAAUUUGUCUGGGUAUAGCGUUAAAGGGCACUUAGCGUGUCCUAUAUGUGCAAAAGACACAAAUUUCAAACAAUUGAAAAAGGGAAAGAAAACUGUGUAUCUUGGGCAUCGGAGAUUUCUAAACCGUUAUCAUCCAUAUCGUAGAUUGCGGAAAGCUUUCAAUGAUCAGCCGGAGGAUGGUGUUGCUCCUGAGCCCUUAACCGGAGAGCAAGUUUAUAAACUACAACGAGAUAUUAAUGUUGUCUUUGGAAAGGACGUUGGAAAGGGGAAAAAAAAGGGCAAAAAAAAGUCUGAUGUGGAAGAAAAAAAGUCUGAUGUGAAAAUUUCAUGGAAAAAGAGGUCGGUGUUCUUUGAUCUUCCAUAUUGGUCCAGUCUUGAUGUAAGACAUUGUAUUGAUGUGAUGCAUGUGGAGAAAAAUGUAUGUGAUAGUGUAAUCGGAACACUUCUCAACAUUGCAGGCAAGACAAAGGAUGGUAUAAAUGCUCGUCUGGAUAUGGAUUUGAUGGGUAUAAGAAAAGAGUUAUUACCACAACAAAUAAAUAACAGGACAUAUUUGCCACCAGCAUGUUACACUUUGUCUAAAAAAGAGAAAACAAGUUUUUGUGAGUGUUUAAAAAGUAUCAAAGUGCCGCAUGGUUACUCAUCAAAUGUCAAUAAGCUUGUAUCAAUGAAUGAUCUCAAAUUAAUUGGCUUAAAGUCCCAUGACUGUCAUGUGUUGAUGCAACAACUCCUACCCGUGGCUAUUCGUGGGAUAUUGCCCGACAAUGUUCGGAAAACUAUAAGUAGGUUGUGCUUAUUCUUCAAUGCAAUAUGUUGUAAAGCCAUUGAUCCAUUGAAGUUAGACGAGUUGGAAAACGAGGCUGCGGUUAUCUUGUGUCAAUUGGAGAUGUAUUUCCCUCCUUCAUUUUUUGACAUUAUGGUUCACUUAAUUGUUCAUCUAGUACGAGAGAUCAGAUUGUGCGGACCCAUUUAUUUAAGGUGGAUGUAUCCAAUAGAGCGAUAUAUGAAGAUAAUAAAAGGGUAUACAAAAAAUCCGCACCGUCCGGAAGCAUCGAUCGUUGAGAGGUACAUUGCAGAAGAAGCUAUUGAGUUUUGUUCAAACUAUUUGUCAGAAGUGGAUGCUAUAGGGGUUCCCAAGUCUCGUCACGAUGGAAGAUGUGAAGGUAUGGGUAUACAAGGUUUAAAUGUCAAGAGCAUGAGUGGUCAGAUAAUCCUUCAGGCACAUUUGUAUAUAUUGAAUAACACGGCUGAGGUUGAACCUUACUUAUCUGAUCACAAAAGCAUCGUGAAGAAAAAGUACCCAAGAAUUAAUGAAAAAGGGUUGUUAAAAGAACAUAAUAAGAGUUUUCCUGAUUGGUUUAGAGAAAAGGUUGCUAAUGAUGGUAGUGUUUCUGAUACAAUAAAGUGGUUGUCUUAUGAGCCUAAACGUAACAUAAUAACUUGGAGUGCAUAUGAUAUCAAUAAAACUUGCUUUUAUACAAAACUAAAGGAUGAUCAUAGUACCAUGCAAAAUAGUGGGGUUAUGGUUGUGGCCGAGUCCAUGCAUUUCUCUAGUUCCAAGGAUAAAAACCCGGUUAUGGCAUCUACACCCUACUAUGGGGUGAUCGAAGAGAUUUGGGAGGUUGAUUAUGUUUUGUUUAAAGUGCCUCUAUUUAAAUGCAAGUGGAUUAAUAUUAACAGUGGUGUACGAAUCGAUGAAUUAGGAUUUACAUUGGUUGAUCUUUCUAACUCAGCUUAUACCGACGAACCUUUCAUCAUGGCAUCCCAAGCAAAACAAGUGUUUUAUGUUAAAGAUCCUUCGCCUAACAGCAGGUGGUCGGUGGUUUUACAAGGAAAAAAUGUGCAAGGUAGUGAUGAAAAUCAAGAUGUGAUUCUUGAUAUUUCCGAAACUCUUCCUUUCUCAACAAAUGUGCCUACCUUCGUUGAAGAAAAUGUAGAGGAUGAUGUGCAAGCUAUUCGUUCGGAUCAUCAAGAAGGGAUAUGGCAGGACUAG